UAAAUCAACCAAAUGUAUUUGACUUAAUUGAACUUUAACUGCAUCUGCUCGUCAUUAUGCAAAUUAAACACCAGAAUACUUUUAGAUAUGAGCAUUUAUUUAAAUACUAAACCGAGAACUCAGUUUAAACUGCUGUUUUUUCUCUCCUUAGACUAUUACUGACUUCAUGCAUAUUGAUUAUAUUAAGAGGAAGGAAGUCUGUCCACUUUAACAGCUCGACUUCUGUUUUCUGCUUAGUAUGCUGAUCACAGAGGAACAUCAGCCUUAAAGACGACAUCUCUCUUUGUUUCACACAGAGAUGAGAGGAGCAGCAAUGAGUUUAACAGCAGCAGCAACUGGAUUUGUUGUCUUCCUUCUCUCUGUACCAGUGAUACAGGGUCAGGAUGGCUGGGGAGUGACUUACACUUCUACUCAGAUCUGUGCCUUGAAAGGAUCAACAGUGGACAUCAGCUGCAACUACACAUACCCGUCAAACUAUGAUCAAAUUCAGACAAGAUUCUGGUUUACUAAACAGACUAAUAAGGGACCUGUGGAUCUGGAAACAGACUCUGACUACACAGGUCGUGUGGAGUAUAAUUGCCAUGAUGACAACAACUGCACCCUGAGAAUCAGAGACCUGAGAGAGAGCGACGCGGCUGAGUAUAAGUUCAGGUUCAUAAUAAACCAACCAGGUGGGAAAUACUCUGGUUCACCUGGAGUCACUUUGUCUGUUACAGACCUCCAGGUGCAGGUGAAAGGAUCUUGGAACCAGCUAGAGCUGAAGUGUCACAGCCAGUGUAAUGUAGCUGAUCAUCCUUCAUAUGUCUGGUACAAUAAUGAACAGAAGAGGUCUGAAGAAACAGCUGCUAUCAGAGUCUCUGUUAACAGUAACAGCCACUAUUCCUGUGCUGUGAAAGGACAUGAGGAGCAGCGCUCUGCUGCAGUGUAUGCUCCAAAGCUUCCCUCUGUGUCGGGGAGUCCCUCUGCUGAGAUAGUGGAGGGCAGUUCAGUGACUCUGACCUGCAGCAGUGAUGCUAACCCAGCAGCUACUUAUAACUGGUACAAGAAGAGUGGAAAUCGGAACCUAAACCCUACUAGGAGAAAGACACAGCUUGUCUUCAGGUCCAUCCAGUCCUCUGACUCUGGAGAGUAUUACUGUAUGGCUGGGAACAAGCUCGGGAGUAGGACAUCUAAAUCCAUCUCUAUUAAUGUGAAAUAUGCUCCAAGACUUCCCUCUGUGUCAGUGAGUCCCUCUGCUGAGAUAGUGGAGGGCAGUUCAGUGACUCUGACCUGCAGCAGUGAUGCUAACCCAGCAGCUACUUAUAGCUGGUACAAGAAGAGUGGAAAUCGGAACCUAAACCCUACCAGGAGAAAGACACAGCUUGUCCUCAGCUCCAUCCAGUCCUCUGACUCUGGAGAGUAUUACUGCACAGCUGAGAACAAGCUGGGGAGGAGCACAUCCAAAUACACUGUUUUUUAUGUUGAAUAUGCUCCAAAGCUUCCCUCUGUGUCAGUGAGUCCUUCUGCUGAGAUAGUGGAGGGCAGUUCAGUGACUCUGACCUGCAGCAGUGAUGCUAACCCAGCAGCUACUUAUAGCUGGUACAAGAAGAGUGGAAAUCGGAACCUAAACCCUACCAGUAGAAAGACACAGCUUGUCCUCAGCUCCAUCCAGUCCUCUGACUCUGGAGAGUAUUACUGCACAGCUGGGAACAAGCUGGGGAGGAGCACAUCUAAAUACACUGUUAUUGAUGUGAAAUAUGCUCCAAGACUUCCCUCUGUGUCAGUGAGUCCCUCUGCUGAGAUAGUGGAGGGCAGUUCAGUGACUCUGACCUGCAGCAGUGAUGCUAACCCAGCAGCUAACAUUACCUGGUACAAGAAGAGUGGAUCUCCAGACCUUUCUCUCAGUGAACAAACACAGCAUGCCCCACAGCUUCUUCUCAGCUCCAUCCAGUCCUUUGACUCUGGAGAGUAUUAUUGUACUGCUAAGAAUAGGCUGAACGAGGCAACAUCCCAGACUGUCUUUAUAAAUGUGAAAUAUGCUCCAAAGCUUCCCUCUGUGUCAGUGAGUCCCUCUGCUGAGAUAGUGGAGGGCAGUUCAGUGACUCUGACCUGCAGCAGUGAUGCUAACCCAGCAGCUAACAUUACCUGGUACAAGGAGAACCAAACACUGCCUCAGAGACAUGGAGGAAGUUAUCAUUUCACCUCCAUCAGCUCUGAGGACAGAGGGAUCUACUACUGCAAGUCUGAGAAUCAACAUGGAUCGAUCACAUCAUCGUCUCUGUCAGUAGAUGUCCAGUAUCCUCCAAGACUUCCCUCUGUGUCAGUGAGUCCCUCUGCUGAGAUAGUGGAGGGCAGUUCAGUGACUCUGACCUGCAGCAGUGAUGCUAACCCAGCAGCUAACAUUACCUGGCACAAGGAGAAUGAAGACUCAGCAAAAGCAUCAGGACAGAUCUUCACCAUCACUGACUUCAGAGCUGAACACAGUGGGAAUUAUUCCUGUGAAGCCCAGAACAGCAGAGGACGCCAUAACUCCACUUUACAUCUGACUGUUGUUGCAGGAGCAUGGAAAUUGAAAGCUGCUGUCACAGUUCCUGCCAUUUCCCUCGCCAUCAUAUUGAUGUCUGCCUUCCUAUUGAUCAUAAAGAAGAGGUCCUCCAAGCAAGCGUCUGAGCCUGUAGAGACACCAGACGACAUGAUAGAGUGUCCACAGAUACAUCCAGCAGAGCGGCAGGAUCCUUCUGACAUUCACUAUGCCAAUGUCCACUUUGCCAAAAAAGCAGCUCAGCCCCAGGAGCAUGAGCUUCACUAUGCCACUGUUGACUUUUCCAAAAAACCAACUCGGCCCAGAAGAAGCAAAGAAGAGAGCGUUGUGUAUGCUUCUGUAAAAUUUAACAGUGCCAGACCGACCGCGAGAAGUCAGGAAGCAGCAGAGGAUCCAAUGGAGCUGUACAGCACAGUCAACAAAAAGAGGAACCUCUAGGCCACUUUCCAUCCAUGGUACCUCAAUAGAUCAGUGGGACAUAAACUAACUGGCUUCCCACUGCUGGACAAAUGGUGGUUUUUGCUGUAAUAUACGCCAACCGAGCAGACAGGAGCAAGAAUUGAAACCUAUCUGGAUGUAUAAAAAGAGCGACUGAGCAAACACCAUAUUGUUUACUUUUUGCAUUGUGCCUCAGAGAACAGGCAAAGCUCUUUUUAUGCAAUGAUUUGCACGCUUGCUUCACCUCCAAACUAUUUUCAUUGGUCAAAAUUGGCAGUGUAACCGUCUAAAUCAACUAAAUGUGAACAAGCUGGAAAAAGUAGUUGGGUAGCAUGCACAGGAAUGAAAUUAAAAUAUGAAAUAAUUCUCUAAAUCUGUUUGGCUUUUAGAAAUAAAGCUACUAAGAGGCUCUGAAAAGUGUCUAAAUCUAUUGAGAAAGUCUCCUAAUUCGCACUUGCUCAGCAAUAAAAUAAUCAACCAGGAGACUUCAUUUCCCUGUAAACUUGUAUUUCAUUUCAAUAGGAUUAUUAUCAAGAUCAUGUAAAUAGGUCAGAAAGUUUGUCAUAGUUCUGUAGAGCGUGACAUAAGAAUAAGGGCUUUGUGCUCAGGGGCUGCUUGCUUGUCACAUACUCGAACUGUAGAAUCAAACAUUGAACUGCAUUUCUAUAGAAGGCAACAAUAUAUAUGCCAACAAGCGGCUGGUGGUGGGACAUGUUGCAGGUGCUUCGCUGCAUUUGUUGUCUCUUCACCCUCACAUGCACCCUAUCUUAAAGCUCCUUUAGGUACAGAACUGAAGCUGUCCUGGGGAGCAAUUAAAUGCGAUUAUUUUAUUUUCAUGUUUUAGAAGCAUGGUACCAGCUCAUCUGAGUCCUUUUGUGUUUGCUGUGGGAGUGGUCACACGUCAGUAAUACUUAGUUUGCAAUAACAAGAAGAAAAAAGGAAAAACAACAAAAAAAUCCUUAGACUUAUCUCUGCAGUAAUGUGUCAGUUACAUGUAAGCUUAUCAUUUCCCAGUGAAAUUGCAAAAAAAGAACUACAUGGUGUCUGU